GUUUAAGCCAUAACAUAUUUUUUCAAAGCGGCCUUUCUGUUUUAUCUUCAGAAAGAAAGCCGGCUUAGAAAGCUGUGGCGGUACCGUGCAGUCCACUGAAGACACGGACAAAUGCCGCUCCACCGCCAUGUCUGACUUGGUAAACGGAGACAAGAAAGUCCACGUGGGCAAAGGUGGUUUUGUUGAAUAACAUUGGCCUCUUUCAGCUGUCUCCCUGUACGAACAGAUCGUAUUCAUAUGCACGGAAACAAAAGUGAAAGUGAGUGUCCAUUAGAAUAGUGUGUGGAAUCGCAUUGACAUCCAAGGUUUGAAGCAGGUCCGUGUUAACCUCCCUCGUCUGAAGCUCAUAUAUCAUCCUAUCAUAUCAUAGAAGGUUCAAAGUGCGGGUCUUCAAGUGACUGAGUCAUAAGAGCUUUUGUGGAGAUAGACGGUAGCCUGAGAACGGUUAAAAGUCAAGGAACUACACGAUACGAGUCAGAACGGGUUCAUCCACCUUCUUGGACACUUACUCACCCCUCAAAGCCUCCAUCGUUUUCUGAUCUCCAACGUCUGCUCCCGAAAUAAACCAUGCCCAAAGUCGAGGUUCACAGCCAUAACGUUCAAUACUCGAAGGAUGCGGUGGAGGCCAAUAUUUCGUAUGAAACCACCGAGGUCCGAACCCUGAAUGGUGUCCAUAAGGUCUAUCCAAGGUCCACGGAGUUUACUUUUCGAACCGAGACCCAUGUACCCAAAUUGGGAGUCAUGCUGGUGGGUUGGGGUGGCAAUAAUGGCUCAACCUUGACAGCCACGUGUUUGGCCAACUCGUUAGGUACCACUUGGAACACGAAACAUGGUCAAAAAAGUUCCAACUACUUUGGAUCGUUGACCCAAGCGUCAACGGUCUUGUUGGGAUCAUCGCCUCAAGGCGAGGUCUAUGUGCCCAUGAAGGACAUGUUGCCUAUGGUCGCUCCCAACGAUAUCAUCUUUGACGGGUGGGACAUUUCCUCUUUGAAUAUUGCUCAAGCCAUGGAGCGAGCCAAGGUCUUGGAUUACGACCUUCAACGCCAGCUAAGGUCUCGUUUAGAGACUAUGAAACCUCGAGCUUCGAUUUACAACAAGGAUUUCAUUGCGGCUAAUCAAGAGGAUCGGGCGGAUAACACGAUUUCUGGGAGCAAGUAUGAGCAACUGGAACAGAUUCGUCAAGACAUACAGGACUUCAAGAGGACUUCCAAAGUUGACAAGGUCGUUGUGUUGUGGACUGCCAAUACAGAAAGAUUUUGCCAAGUUCAAAGCGGAGUGAACGUCACCGCCGAUGAGCUUUUAGACUCAAUCAAGCAGAACCACAAUGAAAUUUCGCCAUCCACGUUGUUCGCAGUUGCUAGCAUUCUGGAAGGGUGCCCGUACAUCAAUGGAUCCCCUCAGAAUACAUUUGUGCCUGGUUGCCUGGAACUGGCGGAGAAGCAUCAAGUGUUCAUUGGUGGCGAUGACUUUAAGUCGGGCCAAACCAAGUUCAAAUCGGUAAUGGUGGAUUUUCUGGUAAACGCCGGUCUUAAACCCGUAUCGAUUGCCAGCUACAAUCAUUUGGGGAACAACGACGGCAAAAACCUAUCCGCUCCGCAACAGUUCAAGUCGAAAGAGAUCUCCAAGAGCAACGUUGUCGAUGAUAUGGUUCAAUCCAAUCAGAUCCUUUACGCAGAUGGGGAAAAGCCCGAUCACUGUGUGGUCAUCAAGUAUGUCCCAUACGUGGGGGAUAGUAAACGUGCCAUGGAUGAGUACACCUCGGAGAUCAUGAUGGGCGGUCUCAACACCAUAGCAGUUCACAACACGUGCGAAGAUUCUCUGUUGGCCUCACCUUUGAUCCUGGAUCUAGUGAUUUUGACCGAGCUCUUCCAACGGAUCACAUUCAAGGUUGCCGACUCGCCGUUCCAACCGUUCCACCAUGUACUCUCCGUACUCGGUUACUUGUGCAAAGCUCCUCUUGUUCCUUCAGGAGCCCCGCUCAUUAAUGCCUUGUUCCGUCAACGAUCUUGUAUUGAGAACAUCUUAAGGGCUUGUUUGGGGUUGGCUCCAUUGAAUAAUAUGGGCUUAGAGCACAAGUUGUCGGAUGGCAGUGCUUGGAAGAAAGCCCAAAUCAAGACUGAAAGUGGCCUUAUGAACGGUUUUACCAUUCUUGAUUAAUGGACCUAUGUUCAAGUUCAAAGGGCCAACCGAGCAUUUACCACCUUACACCAUCACCGUUUACGUCAGUCGAUGGUCCAUGUCUCGUUUUAGUUGCGUUUUAUGUGCUCUUUUUAUGUAAUAAAUAAUCCCUUGGACAAAUCCUC